AUGCUGGUAUAUCGUUUGUUGAAGAAGAGCCCGGAUGAACGACUAGCUAUCAGCGAUGUUACAGCUCACAUACCAAACACUACGGAUAUGCAGAACCGACAGAAGGUCAAGGAUUUCCUUCAGCACGACAAAGACACUAAAUACUGGAAGCCACUGGAUCCAGUUCUCCCUGACCAAGAUACAAUUCGCUCGUGGGUUCAGCCCGAAGAUGUUUGUCUUCUAGAAUCUAUGCAGAUUGGACAGCAGCAUCUCCACGAUACUGGUUAUGGCAACGAUGCCGAGACUGGCGGCGAGAACGAAGAAGACGAAGAAUUUGAGAGCUUUGAGCAGCAGAUGGCUCCCUGGAAGGCAACUCGCAACUUUUUGUUGGCCUCUCAAGGCAAGGCCAUGUUGAAGCUUCAUGGCGAAGGAGACCCCACCGGCCGUGGCGAGGGCUAUAACUUCAUCAAAACAAGCAUGAAGGGUGGGUUCAAGGCCAUCGGUGAAAGUGUGGAGGAUAAGCUGGACGCGCAGCGACUUAAGGAGCUUGGAGGUCACAGCUACAAUGUUGCCCGUCAGCAAAAAUCUUACGAGACAUCCAUUCGUCGAAUCUGGGAUGCUCAAAAAAGCAGCUUGUCCUCCACCAUCGAGCAUUCCGAUCAAGAAAGCGACGUGGACCAAGAAGACGAAUACCAAGAUCAAUUCAACAAACCAACGCCCCGAUCUGAAGCACCGACACCUGGACCAUAUCGCCGUGACGAUGAGACAACAAGUCAGUUCAGCAAAAUGAGUUUCAACAGCCAGCGUGGCAAAGUGUUGCGCAUCACCCGCCAGGUCAAGCUAGAUAACGGCGAAAUCGUGGAACAAGAACAACAUGUUUUCGAUCCCCGAGUGAUCAGACACUACAUCCAACACCGUCACCACAACGAAGCCAUGCACACAAAACUGGAAUCUCUUCAGCCCACGGGCGAUCCAGAAGUCGACGCCCGCAACAGGAAGUUGAUCGAGGCCGAGCUCGGCCGUCUCAACCGCAACAAAGAGCGUCGUUUUGCCCGCGAGAAGCAAAAGGGUAUUCCUCGUUCUGGCGACCCGGACGGCAAGCCUGCUGGUACUCAGCGCAAGUGUGCCAACUGUGGCCAGGUCGGACACAUCAAAACAAACAAGAAGCUCUGCCCGCUGCUCAAUGGUACUAUGAAGCCCGAGGACCGUGUCACGGAUUCGGCUUUCUCUAUGAGUGCGCCGGUUCUGUGA